AUGAAAAUCAAGAGGGACCCGCAGUACGAGAAGCCUUACCCGCUCCACAACAAAUACGUGAAAGAAGAAAACAGAAAUAAAUACUGCGCGUUCCAUGAUGCACGAGGCCAUGUCACCGAGGAAUGCCGAAAUCUCAGAAUCUUGAUUGAGAAGUUCAUCAAAAAUGGAAAACUACUCCGUUUUACUGUAGACAACCAGGGCCAGCCUCGGCAGAAUCAAGAGUCUCGCGAGCAUCAAGACAAAGAGCCGAGACAUAGAGAUCGCUCCCUUCAGAAGCACCGGGAAGUUUGUCGAGACAGAAGGAGGGAGGAACCUCGUAGGGAAGAGCCUCGACGGAAUAGAAGCAGAAGCAACAGUAGAGGCAUAUGGGGUCGUGACCCACGUAAUGAACCGGUUAUUUCCGAUAUCCGAACCACAUUCGGGGGUUUCGGUGGAGGAGGAGAAAUGAGUGCAGAUAGAAAGGCCUAUGCUCGGCACAAGAAGUAUCAGGAAAUUAUGACUGUAGAGAGACCCAACAAAUCCCACCUGAGGGAGUCCAUAAUGGUGGGGUUUUCAGAUGAAGAUUAUGCGGGAGUCUCGCUCCCUCAUACCUACGCAAUCGUGGUCACGCUACAAGUAGCUAACCACCGAAUUCACCGAAUGUUUAUCGAUAACGGAAGCUCGGCCGAUAUCCUAUAUUGGUCAGCCUUUCAGCACAUGGAGAUUAGCCCGGAAAAGGUGAUCUCGGCUACCUGCCCUUUGGUGGGGUUUGCUGGGGAGCAAGUCCAGCCGGUCGGAUCUAUUGAACUCCCUGUAAAUGCCGGGGACUAUCCAACCACAAAAACCAUCAUGGUUAAGUUCCUUCUGAUCGACAGACCCUCGGCCUAUAAUGCGUUCCUCGGAAGGACAACCCUCAACGAUCUGAAGGCAAUUACUUCCAUACCACAUUUGAAGAUUAAAUUCCCGACCGAGAGGGGGGUCGGAGAAGUAAGGGGAGAACAGAGCGUGGCACGCCAGUGCUAUAACGUAACAAUGAAGGGAGCCCCCUCGCGGGGCAAUGGUUGGGAGAAAGGCGAACAAUAG